GUCCAGUCCAUCUCCCCAGCCUCCCUGGCUAUUAUCACCAGCUGUCACUCUCCUGAUCAGAAAUCACAAACCUCAGACAGAGCUGUUGCACACACUUGAUACUUGCAUACAUUGUAGGAUGGAUCUGAUCUGCCUUGCACAACACUGAGAGUAAAUACUGCUUUAGAUUUUGCCUAACCCUGGUCCUGGCCCUGCCACAACCCCAGCUCCCUUUAUUCCAUCAGAGAUCAGAAUCAUAUUUAUGUAGCUCUCCAAGCUGCUAGAGCCUGUGUUGGGCCACUGUUUCACCAGGAAGUGCCUUCCCCUCCUCCUAGGGCCAGCUUUCAGCUUAUGUUAAGCUUGACUGUAAGAUUUUCUGCAGACGAGAGGAAAGUACUCUUGGUGUACUUCCUGUGACGUGGCACAUGGGGGUAGACACAGCUGAACUGGGCUUUGCAGCUCCGAGGAAGGAGCUUCUAAAAAGGAGGACUCUUCAGGACUUCUUGGGAGCCAGAACAAAAGUGAAAGUGAAACGGGUGCUGGGCAGUACUUUCCCAGAAGGAGUUCACUGCAUCCUGCCCUUCUCAGAACCACUCCUGACAGUGGAGAGAGCAUCACCUUCCUUUGUGACUAGAGAGGAAGAAGUCACAGAUAUAUAGAACCUGAGCUUGCCAGCUCCUCAUGUACAUCACGACCAUGGGACAGAACUGGAUACCAGACUCCAGUUCUUUGUGGGUACUGCUUCUGUAUCUUCACAUCGUCACUCUUUUGGCUGGAGCCACACCUGUUCCUCAGACUAUCACAGCUGCCACUGCCUCAGCUGGGAUUUCCAAGGACCCUAGCCCCUCUUGGUCUCCAACACUUCCACCAGCUAAGCGGUGCCCAGCAUUGGAGGUGACCUGGCCAGAAGUGGAAGUGCCACUGAAUGGAACGCUGACCUUGUCCUGUACUGCCUGCAGUCACUUCCCCGACUUCAACAUCCUAUACUGGUUGGGCAAUGGUUCCUUCAUUGAGCACCUCCCAGGCCGGCUGAGAGAGGGCAGCACCAGUCGAGAGCCUGGAAUUAAAAGCACUCGACUGUGGAGAUCCUUGGUGCUAGAGGAAUUGAGCCCUGCCCUGCGAAACACCAUCUUCUCCUGUGUGUUUAUGGACCCUGGACAGGUUGCCCAGCAUCAUAUCAUCCUGGCACAGCUCUGGGCUGGGCCGAGGGUGGUCCUGCCUGGCCCUCAAGAAGCCCUGCCUUCCAGCCAGAGCCCAGGUCCCCAGCUGCCCACAUCAGCAGGGUCAAGAGUGAGCACAGGGCCAAGAAUAGCACCACCGUGAACAGAGCCUGGACACUUCCCACCUGGAGGGCAAAGUCUUGGCUGCAGGCUGUGGGCGAACGAGCGGCUCCUCUUCUCAGAUUCAAAUGUCCUUCCCACCCGCCUAGAAAAUCCCAGUGACCUCCCCUUACGGCUCCCUCCUCCAGCUUGCCUUUCUCUUCACCUGUCUCAUUAGCUUUUCUAUGUCCUACUCGUCACAUAUCUCCUGCUCAGAAACCUUCAAGACCUGUCCAGCACCUUAGCCCAAGACUCACAUGUCCUUCCCGAGCACCCUUCCUUGUUUCUAAGAUGGCUCCCACUCAUGUGCCUUUGCGCCCUUGGUCCUGUCUUCCUUGCCAUUCCAACAGGUGACCCUGGAAGCCUGGUUGAAAUGCCACCUCUUCAGUGAUGGCCACACACAGCUCUGGCCACAUGUGGCAUUGAUUUCAUGUUGCCUACAUGUAUAUAUUAUUUUUCACCUUAAUGAACUAUCCCAGGGAAGUGGACAGUGGCUGCUUCUGAUCCCUAGCAGGACUCACAAUAAGUCCUCAUAAAGGAUUAUUCAAUGGAGGCAUCUUGACAUCUGCUUAGUCAUUUAGACCUCAGUUCCGCUCACAGGAACUUUGCCUGUCCCAGGAGGGAGCAUGGGAAGAGACGGACUGCCACUUAGAAGCCUUAAAACAAAACCAGAUUUAGAGGAUCAUAGGCCCUCAAGAAGCCCUUUAAAAAAAAAAAAAAAAAAAAAUUGCUCAGGAACAGAGG